AUGGCAAACCAAGACGAAGUUCGAGCAGCGAGCUUGUCGGGGCCGCUGUCGUCAGCCACUGCCUCCGCAUCGGGGCUGAAGCUGCCGUUGCUACUCACAGCACGACCUGGAAAUGUGGGCGUCCAGAUUGACGCGCAUCGAGCCAUGAACUUGUUCUCCCAUCCGCGCAGUGUCAAGUUCACGUCGCAGUUUCACGGAAUGAUGUAUGAAAAUGGGUCGCUGGAGAAUUAUUCGCGCGUCGUGGAGCGCACGGCUCAACGAGCUCGACUGCUGGAGGAUAAACUGGAAAAGCUGCGAGCUCGGGAACAAUAUCUGCUGGAAGACGAGGCCAAGCGGAAACAGCGGCGUGUUCAGCGCGAAGCAGCUCGUCAGCGUCGGAUGUGGCAGAUGCACCAGGCAGCGAAGCGAGCAGAUGAACGAGCACGGGAGGAUGCCGCUGCGGUCGCGGUGCAAAGGGUGAUGCGAGGGGCUCUAGCACGACAAGUCACGCGAGUACUCAAGAACGUGCGGAAAACGAAUGACGCUGCAUCGAUGCUGCAGCGAGCGCUGAAGACGUAUGUGUGUCGGCAGCAAUUGCUGCGUGAGCGUGAACGUCGAGCCAGAGAAGAAGAAGCUCGUCGAGAG